CGAUACGACGGCGUCUCAGCGUCUCCAUGGUAACACCGCACGGCUACAUAAGCGAGCGCGCACUAGACACACACACAGAUUGCCUAAAACCGGAGAGCGCGCGGCACGCUGUGCAACGGAUCACCGGAUAGUCUAGUUUGACGUUUCGUAAAUAUAAGUGAAACACUUUUGUUACGAAUCUCAACCAAAUCGUGGAAUUUAAGUUUAGUGUUGUGAAUAGACAAUUUUAGAUAUGAUUACCCUAGUGUUGUUUGUUGUGGGAAGCCUAGCGGCAACAGAGGCGUGCGGUGCUGGGAAACAGAUGCUGAGAACUGGAGGGCUGACAGCCUAUGAAAAACAAGCGAUUGUAGAUGCUCAUAAUCGUCUCCGGCAGUCAGUAGCUCUUGGACAAGUAUCGAGCCAACCACCAGCGGCUAAUAUGAUGGAAAUGGUGUGGGACGAAGAGUUAGCAGCAACGGCACAACGUUGGUCUGACCAAUGCACACCCGCGCAUGACCGAGCGGCGCAGCGUGAUGUCGGCAGGUUUCCUGUGGGGCAAAACCUUGCAGCCACAUGGACCACUCGCCCACCAAGUGAUCCUUCAGACUCAGAGCCAGACUUCAUGAAACAGAUUAAUGCGUGGUUUGAUGAAGUCAGGAUUUACGGUUUCAAGCCAAUCAGUGGUGGACACGGCACUGGACAUUACUCUCAGCUGGUAUGGGGCGAGACGUCUCAUGUUGGAUGUGGAUACACAUUCUACUAUGACCCAACGCGUGGAUACACCAAGCUGUAUGUCUGUAACUACGGCCCAGGUGGCAAUGUCAUUGGAUCGAACCCCUACGAAAAAGGAAGUCCAUCUUGCAGCGCAUUUGGACUUUCAGAAUCGAGAAAAUACUCUGGCUUAUGCUCGGCCACUUACACGAGCACAUCGAGCUACCACGUUGACAAUAACAACGGCUACAUCUCGAAUGUCAUCCCCGACAGCACUGGUGAUUCUCCAGCCUUCAACUACCACUUCUAUAACCAAUACAACAACGAAUACCAGUACUAUCAACAGCCACAGACCUACUACAAACCCGAGGCUACCACCUUCAGGCCUCUGAUCAGCAUCUUCAAGACGGCUUCUAAUUUAUUCGUUAAACCAAAAGCUCUUCGGGUUGGAACCGUCUACCUAUAACGCUUUCAACCAGUGGCAUCAUUUUCAUAACAGUAUUUUAAUUAAUUGUGACAGUUGUGUUACUCGACUGAUUUAUUCGAAGCCAAAUACGCUUUCGGAACUUUGUAGAUAACUUUAUUCCUUGGUUUUACAAGGAGCUUAGGACUUUGCUAAUAAAUUUUAAUUCACCUUGUGUAGGUUGAAGGUCUAAUAGUUUUAUACUAUAAUUACUUUGCUGUCGUGUGUGACCUUCUAGUAUUAGAUAAGAAUUAAACUAUGAUGUUGUUAUUUAGAGUAUUUAUAUUUUAUUGUAAUAAA